UUUUCUAGUGUUGUAGCAGAAAGUGGAAAUCAGAAAACAUAGAUCGAAAGCCGGGAUGGAUGUUCCGCUAGUGGCAGUACCCGUUGGAAAGGACACGGAAGCAUCGCCAUCGAAAGAUCCUGAGAAAGUGGAAGCAACCGAGCCCCCAACGGAGCCAAGCUGUACUAGGAACAACUUUAAAGCCCGCCAAGGAACGAAACACUACUCACGCUCUGCCCCAUACGUGGCCUCACGGAGGUCGGGGUGUUUAGAAAAACGAUUCCUAGAGGCCGUAGCACACAACAACUCUGAGAUGGUUAGAGAAAUGAUCGAGAGCGGGAUGUCGCCCAAUACGUACGAAAGCUACUACAAGCGAUCCGCAUUGCAUAUCUCAUCAUCUCGGGGCUUUCGUGACACGAUUAAGAUUCUGCUGCAAAGCGGGGCCGAUCCGAACAUCCGGGACAUGAAUCUGAAUACUCCGUUGCAUUUGGCGUCGUGCACGGACAGCAUAGAUGUGGUGCAAAUGCUGCUAGACUACGGUACGAACGUCCUUCUGCGCGACUCGAACGGUUUGCUGGCUCUGGAUAUUGCCAUCGGUAAAUUACGCCUGUCGGAACGUAUCAUAUCGAAAAUGCAGAAACUCACGCAGAGCGACAUUCAUAGGCAUCGCGAAAAGACGAUCAGCGUCUGCGAACUUAUAUUCUCCGUGUUCAAGAAGCAACUGCGAAACCCACUGCUACAGGACCAACAACGAGAGCUCGGCUUCAGUCAGGAAAAGUUAGAACAAAUGUUUGCGGAUUUUUCCGAGCAGCUUGAACGAGUGCGGGAGCGACAGCUCGAUUUCGAUGACAUAGUUGACCAGAUCAGCAACUUGAAGGUGAAAAGCGAAAUCGACAGCGACGUGAACUCGUUACUGUCUACGUUGCAACAAAUAUCUAUCUAACUCUGGUACCUGGUGUUUUAUACAAAUUAAACUAACAUUAGGUACCACAGUGUAGGGACAAUUGACAUGGUUUCACAGCGUAACAUUAGGUGUGACACAUUCCGUGCAAAGGGAGAUGGUUUCGCUCGGGAACCAUCAACGUAGGCUGGUAGGAUGCUGCGGCUUAGGUUUAGUAAUUUAAAUACACAUAUAUAUAUAUAUAUAC